CACACUGCUGGACAGAGUCCAGCGGCUCUCUGCUACCAUCUUCCCGUCACAAACAGCCAGAGUUACUUCGUUUGUACCGUUAUAUUCAUCUCGAUGUACGAAUGCCGUCACUUGCCGUUCUGAAGAACUGUUUGAGGGCGCUUCGUCCUCAGUUGGGUCAAAUCUAGCUGGCAGGUCCAGGCGGCCCCCAACUGACUGGCAAAAUCAACAAGACAGCUUAUCUGUUCCACCAAACAACCACUUUACACACGCUGUUUCCCAGACUUCUUUCCCUUCAGUCUUGUUUUUCACCUUGGGACUUCUCCACAAUUUCGUGUUCCUCGUUUGGACGGCGUGACCGUCUUCUCUAACCUUGAGAGUUUGGAUGUGUAUGUAUACCUGAGAGCAACAAGACACCCACCGCGCUUAUGCUGCCGUUGCAGGUGUCACAGUUUCCCACUCAUUUCCAACAAGUCCACGCACACCUGUGGACCAUUUUCACGGCAUAAUUUGCCGGAUUUCCCUUUCCUUCUACCGUGUAGAGCUUCCUCUCUUACGUAGUGUUGGUUUCCUUUUGGAGCUGGCGUCCGACCACGUAGACACGAUGCACCGGCCGUGAGCUAUGUACACAGUUAUUUCUUGCUUCCUCACUCUUCCUGUACCUUCGUUUUCUCAUGAGGAAUGCGAAUGACGAGGCAAGCCUAAAAUCCACACCAUUGUCGGUCCCUCAUGUCCCUCAUUCGCGUACCCCAGUGAAGCGGCCGUUGCCAACUGUCCCCACCUCUUCGGACACGAGGCCCUGCUGCAGUGGUGCCUCCCCGUUCGAGCGAAGUCUUCUAAGAGCGGAGCGGAAAGGAAGGUUGGAAUGUCGUCUCGACUGGUUACGUUGCAGUUGUGUCUUUCGCCCAACGCCAAGUGUAUGGCGUAUUGCUCACCCAGGUCGUUCGCGUCUCGCCUCUCUGAGCCGAGAAACGGAAACGGGACAGAUUGAGCGGCCGUGUAAGAUUAUCAGACGGAUAGACCCCCUGUUGCGGAUAUGACUGUCUAGAAAGACACCCGUCACCUAUGCGGAACACCGCUAGCGUAGACCGAAAGCGACAACUUCAACUCACGACGGACGACAACUAUGGCAGGAAAAACCAGAGGAGAGUUCUUGUUGCGAAGCACGGCCUCGCAACCGUUUGCCUCGGUCGAGAUUAGUCUGGAGCAACGGCUACAGGAUUUUCUGAUUCAGCAUGACUUCCGAACGUUGGAGAACAUCGCUGUCGCCGACUUGCGAGGGCUUGGCUUGAGCGUGGAGGAUGCUGGCAAAAUCCACGCCGCUUGUGCGGCGACUCUGCUUGCUUUGCCACCCAGGUUCCCGCCCCCGGUAUUCGCCUCGUCAGCUCUCUCUCCGUUCUUGUCUUCUGCUUUACCGGCGUUUGUCACUUCGACAGCAGCGGAGAUCCUAGGUUACGAGACGCGAGAGCGAAGGGACGCGUGUUCCACUGUUCCGUCGGCGUCUUUCUCCGCAUCAUCUCCUGCCUCCGCUUCUGUCUCAGUGGGGUCCGAGAGUGAGCGGAAUCAACAAGCAACGCGUAAGAGAGAGAGAUCUCCGGAUUCGCGAGCACAAACGAAGAGCGACGGCGGCGCAUCUCCACAGAAGGAGCAGGAUUCGAGAGGAGAGGAAGAACAGCGAUUCGCACAGCAGCCUCGCGAUGGCCUGCGACCAGCAAAGCAAAGGCGCGUGUGGAGAGAGGGACAGAGAAAUCACUCUCAUGACAGAAAGACACACUGGACAUCAGGGUCGCAGAAUCUCGAUCACCUCCUUGGGGGACGAGGCUGGAGAGAAGGCAUGGUCACAGAGUUGUUCGGCGGUGAAGGUGGCGCGACACUCACGGAGGUCCUCGUCUCCUGUCUGCUGCAAGCUCUGUGCGAAAGCAAACAUGCUUCGGUUCUCUUUGUUUCUUGUCGAGGUUUCUUUCCUCUCUCUCGACUCCGGGCUCUUGCCACUCAGAGCGUCAGGCGUCGCAACAAGGCGAGCCACUCAACUUCGUGUACAACUUCCCCUCCGGCGUCUUCUGCGACGAAGACGGAGCAUGCAGCAGAAGCGGAUCGAGACGCGCUUUCGCUUCUUCGUCGCUUCCACAUGACGUCUUGCUUCUCGCUGGACGACUUAGCAACUGCCCUGAGAGAAACGUUAAAGGAGGUUGAGCAAGCUAGGGUCCACGCUGUGGAUGCCGAAACGGCAGGAAGGAAACGACGAGAGGACAAGAGGAGAAGACCGUCUCGUAGGGCCGGAGAUCCAGAACACUCAGCGACUCGCGAAGGAACACAGAAAGCGGGAGACGGCAGAAGAAAAGAAGAGAAAGUGAAUGGCACUCGAGGAGGCGAUGGAGCGACCGCUGUUGUCCGAGAGGCGGAGGAAGACGCCGCAGCAACCGAGGGCGACACAAAGCCAGAGGAAAAGCUCCGGCGUACGAAGAAGUGUGACAGAGCCAGAAAAGGUCGAAACGAAUCCCCUGGCCGUGGCGCUCAUCUCGCAGCAGUCGCGAUUGACGGCCUGUCGCUCCUCCUGCUUCCUCACGCCAUCCUGGAUGGCAGCUCGGCCUUGCAACCCGUCUGGCGUCUCCUGCGACAAUUCGCGGCAUCCUCGUCGGCUCUCGUUCUGACGACGAACCAUACAGUGGCUUCCGAGACGUCUGCAGAGGGCCAUGCUAACUUCUUCUCGAAUCCUUCGAGCCUCGGCCGCCUUCCUUUUUCGCUUCCUCCAGCGACGAUGAAACGACCAGGCCUGGGCGUUGUCUGGAGUCGCUGCGCUCCUCAUCAGCAGCUGCAAAUUGACCUUCUGGCCUCUCUUCAACUGCACGCACCACAGUCUUCGCUCGGCAACGAUGAGAGCGAAAGGUUGAGUGACCGUGGGUAUCUGGCGCGGGUCACCGUUGUCAAAUCUCACAGGCAGGCUACCGGUCUCUCGACGCUGAUUUGGCUGAACGAGAAAGGCAUUCAAGACCCGCCUCUGGAACCAUGACGUGGAGGCAGCACGGCUGCGCAACUGUCUCAAGUGAAAACGACGCAUUCGAAGGAAAGGACAAGAGAGACAACCCCCGCGGGGACAGAAGUCUCACAGCUGGACGCUCCUGUGCAUCGGUCUUCUCUUCUCUCUCUCCCCGUGACAAUAUACACAUGGAGUGUAUCCUCAUGCGCAAACAGAGUCGAGUACAAGUGCGCAUCUACAUAAAUAUAUGUAUAAAUAAAUAUAUAUCCUUGCUUAUACCACUCCUUCUAGUCCAAAUGCGCGUGCAGUUCCAUAAGCGUGGAGAAAUCUAUACAUUUCGUUGUGUCCGUGGAUAUCCAUGUUCGUAUGUUUUGGUGCGACGAACAAGAGGAAAAUUCUCUCCUGCCGUUCGAGUCCCAAACGCGGGGUCUCCUCUGAUUUGAGGAAGAGAAGAAACCGGAGAGAGGAAGUCUCAAGCGUGUGCCA